UUAGGGCAAAGUGUCGCGAUUUUAGGGCCACGUCAGCGCUUGAUCCUCCACGUGGACGGCGUCUUCCUCUCAAGCUAUGGCGGCUUCUUUGCGGCAACAUCCAAGCUUCUCGGCUCCAAGCGCCCGCUCUUGCUUAAAUCGCUCGCGGCGGGCAGUGCUCGUUCGGUGCUGCGCUGCAGCGGGAGAACAAGAUGGCUCCAGAAGGAGCACUCUCGGAGCUCUAGCCUGCGGCCUCUGCGCUGGAUUCGCGAUCGCUACAACAGCGUUUUCUUCCAUUGCCGAGGUGAGGCUACCACCACUCUCGAAUGAUCCCAGGCGCUGCGAGCGCGCCUUCGUGGGCAACACCAUCGGCCAGGCCAACGGCGUCGCGGACAAGCUCCUGGAUCUUCGCUUCUGCGACUUCACGGAUAACAAGGAGGGGCUCAAAGGCAAGACGCUGUCCGCAGCUCUCAUGGCCGACGCCAAGUUCGAUGGCGCGGACAUGACCGAGGUGGUCAUGUCCAAAGCCUACGCCGUCGGGGGCAGCUUCAAAGGAACUGAUUUCACCAACGCUGUCCUUGACCGGGUUGUCUUCGACAAGGCCGAUAUGAAAGGUGCCGUUUUCCGGAACACCGUCCUGUCCGGCUCCACUUUCCAAGGAGCCAAUCUGGAGAAUGCCGACUUUGAGAACGCGCUGAUUGGCUACAACGAUGCCAGGAAGCUCUGCUUAAAUCCCACACUUUCAGAGGAGAGCACGAUCGAGCUUGCCUGUAAGCGGUGAUGGCGAUCGUCGACAAGAGAUUGAGAGAGAAGUUUGCGGUUUGCUGUCUGAACUGCGACUGCGAGUGUAAAAGAUAUAUAUAUACAUAUACAUACUUUUGGAUCGAGCGAAAA